AUGAAAGUUGGUCGGCUAACCAUCUCUUUAGGUGAAGAAGACUUACAGGGGACGAUCCAACCUCAUGAUGAUGCGUUGGUAGUAACAUCUCGGAUAAGCGGGUUCUUGGUAAAAAGAGUGAUGAUAGACCAAGGAAGCGGAGCCGACGUGAUGUACUUGGACUUGUUCGAAGGGCUCGGAUUGAAGAGUCAGGAUUUGGCGAAGUAUGACACGCCAUUGGUCUCGUUUAACGGAAGGGUCGUAGUUCCCGAAGGGCAAAUUUCUCUCUCGGUGGACAUGGAGGGCAAGGAGGUAAUAGUGGCCUUCAUAUUAGUCCGGUCAUUCUCACCGUACACUGCAAUCCUGGGAAGGUCGUGGAUCCAGGCAAUGAAGGCCGUUCCGUCCACCCUGCACGUGAAAGUGAAAUUUCCCACCGAGUAUGGAGUCGCCGUGGUGCAAGGAAACCAACAAGUGGCUAGGCAUUGUCUAGUCGUCGCGGUCAAAUGGAAGAACGAACAACUCGGACAAGCGGAAGAGACCGAAAAAGAGCCUUUAUAG